AUGUUUCAUGUAGAUUUGAUAAUAACUGAUAAAGUUGUACAGAUUCAAAUGUGGCAUUUAAAGUUCACCUUACAGAGUAAAUGUCAGCCCUCUGGCUGUCUCCUCUCUUACCAGAUUGUGAAUGAAAAAAAUCCCAACAUUCAGCAAUACUUGAUCCUUUUCACAGGACAUGCAGUGGGAGGGGUCUGGGUGCUUGACACACUCAUUGAAGCAGCACUAACAGAGAAUUUAUUUGUGCAUGGUGGGUUAGACUCAUUAUAUGUUAAUUGCAAGUCCCUCCUAUAUAUAAUACUAUUUAGCUAUCAGAAACCCCCUUACAAAGGGAGCUCACUCACUCCAUGUGUGAGGCUGCUGUCUCCUGGCUGUGGUGCUGAAGUGAGUGUUGAAGGCAUGUGGAAUAUCCCAGGCUUGCUACUUUCCUGUGUGAUCUGGACUGUGCUGGGGUUCCCCAAUGAGUGGACCAGCCUGGAUGUGCAUGGAUGUGCCCAGGUGUCUAUUCUGGGAGCGAACCCUCUGUAUCAAGUGUCAGAUGGCAAGGAACUGGUCACGUUCACGUGGGACAGCAGGUGGCAGAUCGAGUCCUGUUCUUUGGAGUCUGCUGAAUUGCAGGUGCAGUCAUUUCUGUCCCAGUGCCUGAGAGACAGACAGCAUGCUGGGGGGGACUCAGUCCAUGGGGAGUUUGCUAAAGCCAAGCUGAUCUGCCAGAGCUUCAAGCUGGGAGACUUACCCUGGGUCAGGGAGGACAACAGACAACAGCAUCAACACAGAGUCAAGAGGGGCAUUACCUACCCAGGGACCCUGUGGUGUGGAUCUGGCAACAUCGCUGAAUCCUAUGAUGAUCUAGGAGAACAUAAAGAGACUGACACAUGCUGCCGGACACAUGACCAGUGUGAACAUGUUAUCCACCCGUUCUCAUACAAUUAUGGUUACAGAAAUCUCCGCUGGCACACCAUCAGUCACUGCCAGUGUGACACCAAGUUUAAGGAGUGCCUUCGCCGGGUAAAUGACACAGCAUCUCGGGUUGUGGGACAGGCAUUUUUUAAUGUGAUCCAAGUACCAUGCUUUGAGUUUACACAUAAGGAGCAGUGCUCAGACAGGACCUGGUAUGGCUGGUGUAAGACAUACAUCAAUGAAACAGUGGCUGUUUCUAAAGAGUCUGGGCUGUAUGACUACGGAGGACAACUUAUUGACCAAGUUUACAAAGAGAAAGAGAAAAAUCCCACCACACCACCAUAUGUGGAGCCCUUAACAGAGCGGCGACCCACUCUGGGAAAUGUCAUACAGGCCACAGAGGAUUUAUUAAAGCUCAUGAUGACCGUUACCCCAAGCACAACAUCCGAUCCUUCAACUGUUAAGACCAGCACCCAGAAAAAGAAAGAUAAGAAGAAAAAGGAAAGAAAACACAAAAAAGGGAAAGGCCUCAAGGGUAAAAGAGGGAAAGGUCUUAAAGGAAAAAAGAACAGCCAGUCUUUUAAUGGAAAUGUUACAUCUUCAACAAAGGUCAUGUGGGGUGAAAAUGACAUGAAGAAUGAAAUGAGAUUACAUGAGAAUCAGGCAUUGGACUCGGUAAUACAUGAUCUCGGAGGGAAACAAGAUCCAUUCAAUGAUGUCCUUAAUGAUGAACCCAGUAGACAAGAAGUAACUUCACCACGCACUUAUUUACCUUUUCUUCAUGGUCAUAAGUCCAAAAACAUGACGACUACGCCUUCACAAGAACUCAAACCAUACACUGAGAUACCACAGAAGAAAAACUGUCGGGGAAGAAAAGGAAGACGUCAAAGGAAAAAGAAAAACAAGGCAGAAGAAUCACCUGUUUCUGGAAAUAAACCUGUUUCAGGAAAUAAACCUGUUUCAGGAAAUAAACACUAGACAACGAUGUUUUGUUACUGAUGAAGUUGACAUUCAUUUACAGGUUCCUGUUACAUUAACCAGAUUGCUGCUACAUGAGCUUACAAAACAAUCAGUAGCCAAAUGAUAUACCAUACAUCUCACAGGUCAUACAUCACAAACUGCGGCUUUCAUUGACAGUAUUUAUAAAUGUAUUUCCUUGGAUAAGGACCUAGAUCUCCUUUCUCUAAUCCUUGUAUGAAUUGUCUUGAUAUUUAUUUUAGGUUCCAUAAUCUUUGUUUUUAUGUACUUGAAUCGAGAGCUACCAAUGGGACGCUGCAGUCUGUGUGUAUAGUUCUUCGCCAGCAAUUAAAGAGGCACUCCAGAUUGGAAACUUUCCCUUCCUUUCUAAUGCAUUGUAUAAAUAAUGCAGGAACAAUCAAUCCUAAAUAAUAAAAGAUACAAAAGCCCCAGA